AUGAUUAAGAUCCAAGACCCACCUGUCCAUCCACAGAAAAGGCUUUUUGCAGCAAUGGACAUGGUGCCACUUCCCAUGCUCUUCAAAGACUUGAGACACGUAUUGCUCAUUGAUGUUGCGUACGUUGCAGAAGUCAGAUGGCAAAGAGAUUUGUUUCUUCAUUCCCUGUCUCACCAGCCUCGAUCAGAUGCCGUGGAACCAUCAACAGCUGAGGAGCUUGUGCUCUCGUUUUUAGGCUUUCUUAUCGACAACAACGCUCGUUCCUCCAUCAUACAAUCAUUGGUCUGGGCGUUCGAGCAAGAAUUCCUGAAGGGGACUGACGUUCACUCGGCCAUCUGCGCUCUCCCUGUCACUUCAAGUGUUCACCGAGACCUUCUUCGAACCUAUUAUGACGCCCUAUCCAGAUGCGAAACGAUCAAGGCACAGCACAGUGCCUUGCUACAUCUUGCAGAAAGCCAACAAGCAAAUUUAUAUGCCAUUUUUGGAGGACAAAGCACAAAUAACCCAAAGUGUGUUUCAUCACUGACAAUACUUUUCUCGACCUACAAACCUCUGCUGUCGGAACUCGUAAAUGAAAUUGCCACACCGUUGCUCUCAGAGCUUUGCCGCCUGCCUGAAGCAGACGACCAUUAUUGCGGGCGCUAUAUCGAUCUGAGUAGCUGGCUUCAAGAAUCUGGAAGUAUACCCGAUACGGACUUUAUUUCGCAAGCCCCAGUCAGCAUGCCCAUCGCCGGCCUUCUGAGUCUAGCUCACUACUGUGUUGCUUGUAAAGCUCUUGGGAUGACUCCUGGCGAGCUUCGAUCACAUUUCAGAGGCACAACCGGACACUCCCAAGGUCUAGUGAUUGCAGCCGCGAUCUCGAUGGCUGAUUCAUGGGACUCGUUCUACCAGGUUUGCAAAGUCACAAUUGAACUCUUGUUUUGGCUUGGCUUCUACAGCCAUCAAGCUAGGCCUCAAUCCUCUGUGUCUGCAACUCUUGUAAACGACUGCCUUGAGAACAACGAGGGUCAACCUUCGUUCAUGUUGAGCGUGCGCGGACUGGAUCGUCUGCGUAUCGAGAAUCUGCUUGUCAAUUUCAACAAGAAUUUGGCCCAUAAGGAACAGCUACAUCUAGCACUGGAAAACGCCAGGGAUAACUACGUCGUGGCUGGCCCUAUGAAGCCCCUGGUUCACUUAAGCUCGCAUCUACGGGCACUUAAAGCAAAAGAUGGAGUAGAUCAGACUCAAGUACCAUUCAGCAGCCGGAAGCCUGUCAUCCAACACCAGUUCUUGCCUAUAAGUGUACCAUUCCACACAACUUAUUUGAAGAGUGCUGCCGAGAUGGUCAAGCUUCGGCUCGUUGGCAAACUACUCUUGAAGGAAAACUUGAGAAUCCCAGUCUAUCACAGCAAAACUGCGCAAGAUCUAAGGAAUAGCCAUGCACCAAAUGUCUUGGAAACUUUAGUGGAUGCUGUUGCCUGUGACGAAUGCCGAUGGCCCUCCGCAUUGAAAUUUCCUGGGGCUACGCAAAUCCUGGCAUUUGACAGUGGUGUCAGUGAGUUGGUGAUGAAACUCAAGGAUGGGGAAGGCGUAAGAGUCAUCGAUAUGACCAGCAUUGGAUCCCGGGAGAAAGAUGCUGGCACUGCGAUCGAUCUCUAUUCCUCCACCUUGCUAGCAUCUUCUGCACCUAUCCUCGCCUGGGGUCAGCAAUUUCAGCCCCGGCUGACUCGAUCUCACAUUGGUGAAUGGUCAAUUCAGACUAAGCUCACCCAGCUACUAGGGUGCCCUCCGGUCAUCGUUGCUGGCAUGACGCCAACAACGAGUCACUGGGACUUCGUGUCAGCCAUCAUGAAUGCUGGCUAUCAUGUUGAGCUGGCUGCUGGUGGCUUCUACGAUGAGAAGGCCAUGACAUCUGCAAUUGAGCAGCUGGCGGAAAGUCUUCCUGCGGGCAGAGGCAUAACCUGCAACUUGAUUUAUGCUAGCCCACACACUAUGGCAUGGCAAGUUGCGACCUUGCGGAAGCUAGCCCGAAGAGGUAUUGCAAUUCACGGUCUAACCAUCGGAGCAGGUGUUCCAUCUGCGGAUGUCGUCGCUGAUUACAUUAGCACGCUUGGGAUAAAGCACAUCGCGUUUAAACCUGGCUCUCCUGCAGCGAUCAAGGACGUAGUCGAGAUCGCCAAAGCCCAUCCGCAUUACCCCAUUAUUCUACAGUGGACUGGAGGUCGCGGAGGUGGCCACCACUCCUAUGAAGAUUUUUAUGCACCUAUCUUGAAGCUCUACGGGAUGAUACGAAGCCAGAGUAAUAUCAUUCUAGUUGCUGGGAGCGGUUUUGGUGCCGCUGACGACACAUAUCCAUACCUGACUGGACGAUGGGCAUCCCGGUUUGGCCAUGCGCUGAUGCCUUUCGACGGAAUUUUACUUGGGAGUCGUAUGAUGGUUGCGCGAGAAGCUCAUACAUCCUCUGCUACUCGCAAACUCAUCUGUCAAACCCCAGGCAUCUCCGACUCCGACUGGGAGAAGACGUACAAGGGUCCUGCAGGUGGGAUCAUUACUGUUCGGUCAGAAAUGGGCCAACCUAUUCAUAAAAUCGCGAACAGAGGUGUGAUGCUAUGGAGUGAGCUGGAUCGAACAAUAUUUAGUCUCCCCCGAAGUGAGCGUGUGCAGAAACUGCUUCAAAGCAAGGACUCUAUCAUCCAAAAGCUCAACGCCGACUUCGCAAAGCCGUGGUUUGGAAAGACAUCGGACGGAGAGGUCACAGACCUAUCAGCCAUGACGUACAUGGAAGUUCUGGAGAGAAUGAUAAGUCUAAUGUACGUCUCCCAUCAAUCUCGCUGGAUCCAUCCAUCGUACGCCAGCUUUGUCUACAACUUUGCGUGCCGAGCUGUGCAACGACUGCCCCUAUGCAGCAGGAUUGAAAUAUCGGAGACAGCGCUGCUUGACCCGCAAAGCUUUCUGGAUAAAUUUCGUCUCUCGUGCCCCGACGCAUUGACAACCGUCUUGAAUCCUGAAGACUCUACAUUCUUUCUCCAUCGAUGCAAGGCACGCGGGCAGAAGCCUGUCAACUUCAUCCCUAUUUUGGACGACAGCUUUGAGUAUUACUUUAAGAAGGACUCAUUAUGGCAAUCAGAAGACGUGGAAGCAGUAGUCGACCAAGAUGCCGACAGGGUCUGCAUUUUACACGGCCCUGUCGCGGCACGACACUCUCAAAAUUGUGACGAGCCGGCGAAGUUUAUCCUGGAUACCAUUGCCAAAUCCCACAUCGACAUGCUUUUAUCUGAGCAAUUUGAUACGUCGAUUAUCAUGAUGUCUGGUGAAGAGAGCAUGAGCCAAAGUGGUAGCUUGACGCCAGAUUCUUGGACAAAUGCAUCUCCUGCAAGUCUGCCCACAUCCAUGGAAAACACUCCGUUCUCGUGCAAGAGUCCCGUUCUUCCUCAGCAACUACAAUCUUCUAUCGAGGCUGUCAGCUACUUCCCUCCCUCAUUCUUAGCAGGAAGAUGCAGCAACUCAUCGACACUCCUUCGAGCACUCUUUCAGUCUGACCACAUCAUUCGGAACGGGCAUUACGCACCAAGUCCUCUUCGUCGAAUCCUAGAUCCUCGCGAUGGAACCUCUCUAUCAAUCGACAGAGAAGGUGGCAAAGUUGUCCUUGAGAAAGAUAGUAGCCCUGUCGGCGAAGUUCUCGCCGAGAUCUCCUGCUACAAUAACAACAGGCUGGUUGUCGAGCUCCGCCUCCCAAACCCACACCACAGUGACGUUAUUACGCUUCCCUUGGAAUUUUGUCUGCAGCCAGGAGCGAGCCCGUGUACUUUCAGUGAAUCCAUGGAGGAUCGCAAUCUUCGGAUCAAGAAGUUCUAUAGUAAAUUAUGGUUCAAUGAAGAUCUCGACACAAAGUCUACAGUACAGUCCAUCUUCUGGGGGAAGGAGAUGGUACUGACGAAGGAGAUGUACCAGGACUACGUGUCCACUGUGGCUCAAUCAGACUCAAAUGGUACAAUGAUGUACGGUAACUCUGAGGUUUUCCCAAUAGGCUUUGGUAUUGUCAUUGCAUGGGACGUAAUUUCAAGACCUCUUGUUUUGAGGGAUAUCGAUGGUGACUUGCUUUGCCUGGUCCAUCAUUCGAACAAAUUUUACUAUUGCGACGAGGCAUCGCCACUCCAUAUUGGCGACGUCGUCUGUGCAAGGUCGCAAGUCCAAGCCAUUUAUAUUGAAGAUGCUGGCAAAUACGUCACGGUUGAAGCAGAGAUCCUUCGCUCAGGGCAGCGGGUCAUGAUCGUGAGGUCGAAAUUUCUAUUCAAGGGAAGGUUCAACACUUUUGGCUCAACCUUUCGCCAACAGAAGGAACAAGUUAUGGAAGUGAAAAUCGCAUCACGACAAGACGAAGCCAUCCUUUUCGACAGAGAGUGGUUUCAACCGCAUGAGUCGACUUGCUCCCUCCUCGGUGCGACUUUGCUCUUCCGACUGGAGUCGUUUGUUACAUGGAAAGAACAAAACAUGUUUAAAGAUCUCGCCGUUACCGGUACAGUGAUUGCUCGACGAUCAGAUACCGACAGUCGAGAGAUUGGAAAGGUUGACUUUCACGACACUGAUUGCGUAGGAAACCCAGUCAUGGACUUCUUGACGCGCAAAGCAGCCUCAAAGAGCGCGCAGAGUGAGCUUCCGCAUGCUGGAUGGUCGGACGACAGGACCGUUCAGGUGCAGAUCCCGAACAGCAACGAGAGGUACGCAAGAAUCUCGAAGGACUAUAAUCCUAUUCAUGUUUCACAAAUAUUUGCAGACUUCGCCGGGUUGCCAGGCACCAUCACUCAUGGUAUGUACACCUCAGCCCUCACUGCAAGUGUACUAGAGCAUAUCACUGCAAACGGGAACCCAGAACGUCUCCGCCGGUAUUCAGUAACGUUCACCGGCAUGGUGCUACCCAAAGACAAAAUCAACGUAAAGUUAAAGCACGUAGGAAUGAUCGAGGGCAAAAUGCGCAUAGAAAUUUCUGCAUACAAACAAGAUACUGAUGAGAUUGUGCUCGAAGCGGAAGCAGAGGUCGAGCAGGCGAAAACAGCUUAUAUUUUUACUGGCCAAGGAAGCCAGGCAAAAGGUAUGGGGAUGGAUCUCUAUGACAGCAGCCCCGUUGCGAAAGCAAUCUGGGAUUCUGCGGACAGGUAUCUUAUGGAUUCAUAUGGAUGGUCUGUUCUCGACGUUGUUCGAAAUAAUCCUAAAACCCUCACGAUCCACUUCGGUGGAAAGCGGGGUCGUAGGAUCAGGGAGAACUACAUGGGCAUGCAAGUUGAGACGGUUCUGCUAGAUGGGUGCUCAGCUACGAAACCCGCCUUGCCAGGUUUGAGUCCUACAACAAGGUCUUUCUCAUUUUCUGAGCCACGAGGCCUCCUCUUUUCAACACAGUUCGCCCAGUGUGCAAUUCUUGUUCAGCAAAAAGCAACUUUCGAGGAUAUGCGAGCAAAGGGCUUUAUCCAGGACAGUGCCACUUACGCGGGUCAUUCCCUGGGGGAAUACGGAUCACUAUCAGCAUUUUCUGGUUUCUUGCCGAUGAAUGAUCUCAUGGACGUGGUCUUUUACCGUGGCCUUAGCAUGCAAUUAGCUAUGGAAAGGGAAGAGAAUGGCGAGACUGGGUAUUCCAUGGUUGCGGCAAAUCCUAAACGCGUGGGCAAAGGCUUCAACCAAGCGACCUUAGACUCUGUUGUCCGCAUGAUCUCAUGCCAGAGCAAGGAGUUACUGGAAAUUGUCAACUUCAACGUGGAAGGCGAACAAUAUGUGUGUGCAGGGACUAACAAAAACCUUCAUGCUCUUUCGAUGGUCCUGGAUCACCUCGCUACAUACCCUAGAGCGAAUGUCUUGGUUGCCGAAGCUCUGCGGGUGGAAACCAUUACGUCGGGUGAACUCCACGACUACAUCGCGAGUUGUGUGAAUCAGGUGAGCCAAUUGCCCAAGCCAAUUCAAUUGGAACGUGGCACCGCAACCAUUCCGCUUCAAGGGAUCGAUGUGCCCUUCCACUCAUCACAUUUACGAAGUGGGGUGCACUCCUACCGCAAAUUCCUGCAGAAGCGCAUUCAUGAGAGCAACAUACAACCUAACAAGCUAGUAGGGAAGUUUGUUCCUAAUGUUAUGGCAGAGCGGUUCUCGUUGGAGAAAGAAUAUGUCCAAGAGGCCUACAGACUAACUCAAAGUUCGGUUUUGAAGGAUUUACUAGACGAAUACUUCGGUGACGGGGAUUGA